GCUAAAGGGCAGACACAUCGCCAGCCCUAUUGCUGGGUCGCCCGGUGGGACCCCCCCUCCCCGUUUACCUCGAGGCACUUUUCAAGGACACCCUUUGCUGCUGGAUCUCUCAUCUUCGGGGAGGGGGAAAGGGAACACUACGGUUUUAAAAACAUCCUUUUUUUAAAAAAAAUCUCUCUCUUUACUUUUCUUUUUUAAAUGUCAAGUGGAGCUGCUGGGAUUUUUUGCCCCCAGUGGGUAAUCUAAAACUGGGGCGGGGGGGGAUUCACUGUUCUCCCUUCCCAGGUUCACCCUCAACCGCCGGUGUUGAUAAGGAAGGAGAAAGUUCAGGCUCCUGAUCUGUUGGUACAUGCUGGUGGGAGACGCAUAAAGAGGUUAUCCAGGAAUGGUGGAUCACUUGCUUCCUGCGGAUGAAGCUUUCUCAUCCGCAAGGCCCUCGAUUGGAUACUUCGGGGACAUGAUGCCCAUGCGGAGGUCGUACCAAAUGUUGCCUUCUCCCUUGUCUGAAGAUGAUAGCGAUUCCUCAAGUUUUUGCUCAUGUUCCAGCCCCGAUUCCCAAGUUCUUGGCUCAAGUUAUGGGAGCUCAUCGAGUGCGGAGAGUCAGGACAGUAUCUUGGACUAUUUGCUGUCCCAGGCAUCGUUAGGAAACGGCCUUGCCUCUUGGUGGGACAAAAGGAGACUUCAGCCCAUUGUGAAGGAGGAACAUUUUCGGAUGCCUGAGUUCAUGGUGGAGAUGGAAGACUCUGGACCAUUCCAGCCCACCCUUGAGGAGAUAGAGGAAUUUCUGGAAGAGAACAUGGAGACCGAACUCAAGGAAGGGCCUAAAAGUGAGACCAAAGACAUGAGAGCUUGUAGCCAGCUUACUGUGGCUUCUAUACAGCAAAAAGACCACCUCAUGCCCAGUCUUAGUUUAAAAGACAGUAAAAGUGAACAGUCAAGCAACGCAGUAGAAGGUAGCCAUGCAUCGAAUGGAACAGUGCCCCUUGAUGGAGGGAUACCAGUCAUGCUCCAAAUCCAGCCUGUCCAAGUUAAGCAAGCGUCAAACACAAGCCCUAGUUCACAAGGGCAACCACAAGAGAAUGUUAAAAUUGCACAGCUCCUGGUCAACAUCCAAGGACAAACCUUUGCGCUUGUGCCGCACCUUGUCCAGUCAUCCAGUUUGAACUCAUCUUCCAAAUUUGUCCGCAUAGCCCCAGUGCCAAUAGCUGCAAAACCUCUCGGGCCAGGUGGUACAAUCCAGGGUCAAACGGGGGUCCUCGUGGGUCAAAAGUUCCAGAAGAACCCUGCAGCAGAACUCAUUAAAAUGCACAAAUGUUCCUUUCCUGGAUGUACCAAGAUGUACACCAAGAGCAGCCAUUUGAAAGCUCACCUGCGAAGGCACACGGGAGAAAAACCUUUUGCAUGUACUUGGCCAGGAUGUGGCUGGAGGUUCUCUCGAUCUGAUGAACUUUCUCGGCAUAGGCGCUCCCACUCGGGAGUGAAGCCUUACCAAUGUCCUGUGUGUGAGAAGAAGUUUGCUCGAAGUGACCACUUGUCCAAGCAUGUCAAAGUCCACCGAUUUCCUAGAAGCAGCCGCUCUAUGCGCGCAGUGAACUGAGGUGUCUUCCUGCCUCUGCCUUUUCACCUGUUUGUCCAAGAAUAGGUGUCGGCAGCCCUUUGUUCAGCAUCGUUCUCGUGAAGCAACCUUAUUGUGAUAAUUUAUUCAUCUCCCCGUAAUGUCUGAUGCCAUGACCUCACACAUGCACCACGUGCAUCUUCUUUGUUGCCACCUACCACUUGGCCUUAUUUCUUUUCAUUCUCUUCCUUCCUGCUGUUGCUAUUGCUGCUUUUUUGAAAAUCCCGGUGUUUUAUAUUUAGCUGUUUUCUCCUGCACCAUGAUAAUUGAUGGGCUCCUCGCUGCUAGUUAAUUAUAGUUCUGGCAUUCCUGAGGGCUUUGCUCGUGUAUAGGGCUAUUCAUUGUGAAGGUUUGUUUUAUUUUUUUAAAUUGUUUUAAGUUGGCCUAAUUGUCCAGUUUGGAAACAGCAAAUUCCUUUUGAUGUGGAAACAAAUCCUGUGUGUAUGUGUGUGUACAUUUUGUUUGUUUGUUUGCUAUGGUGGUGUUCAUCAGCUAGGGAUCUGUGGGAGCUAUUAAAAGAGCAGAAAGACAAAGUCUUGUGCAUGUGUGUGGGAAUGCAGUGCUAUGCACGUUGCAAUAAGGGGGGGGGCUGGAAAAAUGACUUUUAGGAAACUGUAGCAUCCAGAUACUACUACAGCACCACUACCUGCGCCUGAAUGCUAGUGGCCGUGUGAGCGGGAGGAUUCUGGGAGCUGUAGCAUCCAGAAAGUUAUCUGGCAGUUGAGUCAUGGCAACUGGACUUCUUUCUUAUUAAAUUGAAACGUUUCGCUACUCAUUC